AUGAUGGCAUCACUCGAGACCACAGAUGGCUGUGAAGACAGACAACAGCCACAGAUUUACGCGAAGAACUCAAUGGACAGAUUCGGUGAUGAUUUGUGUCAACUUCUGUUGUCUUAUCUCACAUUUGAAGAUCGGUUUCAUUUGGAAUGUGUGUCCAAACAGUUCCGGAGGACAGUCUUCGAGAGUAUUGUUUGCAUUGAAAUCAACGAUCGAUUUAUGCGACAAAUACUGAACACAACGAUCACUGAAACGUUGGCCACAAUUACCAUAAAGUGUCCUAAGAUUGAGACCAUUGACUGUCGAAGAAUGAGAGGACAAUAUGAAGUACACAUUCCCGAAGUGUUGACCACUUUUCGUCACAAUUUCCGACAUUUGCGGCACAUUUACUGCAAUUUAUUGCAAAAUAGCGGACAAACAAUGCCUACAAUCGGACCACUGGUCACACGAAUUGAUGUUAUGGUCGAUAAUAUCGACACUCAAUCACUCAUCCAUUGCCACCGUUUGUCUCAUUUAAGUCUCUAUCGUUUGAGUCAAGUCUUUGACACUUCCGGACAACUAAUGGCAAAGAAUUUGAAUAAAUUUGAGUUACAUUUCUAUUCAGCCGAUUAUUACCACCGAUUGUCUUCAUUUGUGACACACAAUCAGUCACUCAAAUGUCUUAACGUUUACGAUAACAGGUGUGUAUCUGAAGAGUCACUGACCGGACUGUCGGAACAGUUGUCACGAUUACCACAAUUAUGGGAAUUGAGACUCGCGUUGGACAUAACCGGCGCUCAAACCUCAUUCACCGACUCUUUGCGUACAAUUGGCGUGAAUUGCAAACAAUUGCAACGAUUGUCACUCCAGUUGUCGCACACCGAUAGCCAUGGAUUCAAUCCCAAGACAUUGGAUUCGUUGCGAUUUUGUCACCGAUUAAAACGAUUAGAGUUACGCAUAUAUGCGGACAUCGAUGAGAUAUCAUUGGAUCCGUUGCGACACUGCAAUAGAUUAACGCAUUUAGAGCUCGAUUUGCCGCGAAUGACAGCAAAUGUGUUGAAAGAUUUGCAUAUAAAGUGUCCGCGACUUCAAUACCUAUACAUUGAAAGCUCGAAUCACUUCAUAGACACCAACGUUAAGACACAGUUGUCUCACAUCUCAAGACUACCGGCGCUGCAAAUGCUUGUCAUUCAAUGCAAUCCAUGCACUGAUAUCUCAGAUAAUGAUUUCAAUGAUCUGUUGUUGAGAAGUCCUAAACUCAAGACUAUUAAAGCAUAUCAAUCCUGGAAUGUCUGGAAAUUUUAUUGCCGUCAAAACAAUUGA